UCCGGUUGUCAAUUUACCCGGACGUGGUGGCGGCGGCGGCGGCGGAGGAGGAGGAGGAGGAAGAGGAGUGUUGUCUGUGUGGCCAGAAGUCGCCGUGGCCCCAGUGGUGGUGGGCUCCGGGUGGGCUCGCCUCGUCCUGCUCCGUCUGCGAUGCAUCCACGGCGCCCGGACGGCUUCGAUGGCUUGGGCUAUCGCGGGGGUACCCGAGAUGAGCAGGGCUUUGGCGGCGCUUUCCCUGCAAGGUCUUUCAGCUCCGCGUCGGACCUGGGCCACUGGGUGACCACUCCUCCAGACAUUCCGGGUAGCCGUAACCUGCACUGGGGCGAGAAGAGUUCGCCCUACGGAGUGCCCGCUCCCACUACCCCCGAGGGCCCGGAGGAGGAACCCUUUCCUGGAGGUGGUGGCGGCGGCAGCGUGCCGGUGCAAAGCAGCGGUGAGGGACGCUGGGAGCAAGAACAGUUGAGUAGAUUUGCUGGAUUUGGUAUUGGACUUGCAAGUCUCUUCACAGAAAAUGUACUGGCUCAUCCUUGCAUUGUUCUACGCCGCCAAUGUCAGGUUAACUAUCAUGCUCAGCAUUACCAUCUCACUCCAUUUACAGUCAUCAAUAUUAUGUACAGCUUCAACAAAACUCAGGGACCAAGGGCCCUUUGGAAAGGAAUGGGAAGUACAUUUAUUGUCCAGGGAAUCACACUUGGAGCAGAGGGAAUAAUCAGUGAAUUCACACCUUUACCAAGGGAGGUUUCACAUAAAUGGAAUCCUAAACAAAUAGGAGAACAUCUUCUACUGAAAUCCCUAACUUACAUGGUGGCAAUGCCUUUUUACUCAGCAAGUCUAAUCGAAACAGUACAGAGUGAGAUAAUUCGAGAUAAUGCUGGAAUUUUGGAAUGUGUUAAAGAAGGCAUUGGAAGAGUGAUAGGCAUGGGAGUGCCUCAUAGCAAACGACUGCUUCCUCUUCUCUCCUUGAUCUUCCCUACCGUGCUGCAUGGGGUUCUGCAUUACAUCAUCAGCUCAAUCAUUCAGAAGUUUGUCCUACUAAUUCUAAAGAGAAAGACUUAUAAUAGCCACCCAGCCGAAAGCACUAGCCCAGUGCAGAGUAUGUUGGAUGCUUAUUUUCCAGAACUUAUUGCUAACUUUGCUGCCAGUCUUUGCUCUGAUGUUAUACUUUACCCCUUGGAAACAGUGUUGCACCGCCUUCACAUUCAAGGAACACGCACAAUAAUCGACAAUACCGACCUUGGCUAUGAAGUGCUUCCAAUUAAUACGCAGUAUGAGGGGAUGAGAGACUGUGUCAAUACCAUAAAGCAGGAGGAAGGAGUGCUUGGCUUUUAUAAAGGGUUUGGUGCUGUGAUCAUACAGUACACACUGCAUGCAGCUGUUUUACAGAUUACCAAAAUUAUUUACUCUACACUUCUUCAGAAUAGCGUUUGAGGUUUAAGUUCCCGGUUAGCCUAAAAGACAUAAUCUGGACAGUUUGUUAUGAAAUUGUGAGGGAUAAAAGUGAACACUUGGGGGAAAUGGACUAGAAAGUGAAACUGGUAGAGGAAGCCCAUGCUGAUUACAGCAACUUUGUUUUUUUAAGGCAUAGGUAUCGUCUUUGGCUCAAAAGUAUUCCAAAUUCAAAAACUUAGUAAAAAUAACACUCAUGAAUUAAAUUCUAGCUAGUGCAGCAUGCAUACUGAACUAAAAUAAUCUUGGGCAGAAGCAAAAAGUCAGCAAACAAAAAAUUCACAGUGCUUAAUUAUUCCAUCUGACUUUAAUAUUUCUUACAUGUUUAUUUUACCUUCUUGAUUGAUACUGCUAUGUCACCUUUAAUACAGGGUGUGGUAUGGAGAGGUCAUAGUUUACCUUUAAGCAAAUAAAUCAUGUCACCUGUGAUGAUGACGAAAAGGAUUAGAUUUGGCAAUCUGUAAUCAGGAGUUGAAGUUUUAAAUUGUAUUGCCCCUUCAUAACUUUUUAAUGGCUGCAUAUUUAUUAUAUAAAGCCCUUUAUGUACACACAAAAACUUGGAAUUUCCUUCAACAAAUUUUUUACUCUUAGAUCAGCUCAUUGCAUAAAACAAAGUCACACACUUUCUGCUUGAAUAUCAUAAUAAAAUAUUACAAGCCAGGGUACCCAAAGACUAAAGGCAGACAGUGCACUUGUGCGCAUCCAGAUGCAGCGUUUACAUGCCCCAGAAGCUUAAUAUUCGUCAUGUGUUUAUAAAGCUUGAUUUGCUUACCUAAUUAUGUGAAUCAUCAGGCUGUUUUUUAGAGCUGCUCUUAACAGAGAUAGAAAAUAAAAUAAUCAUGACAACCAUUGCUGUUUCUAAAUUUACAGAUUGUAUAAUAAAAGGAACGUCACUUGCCUGCAUUUCUGAAUGACUUGUCUUAGUGGAGACACCAUCAAAAUUCACCUGGGAAUUUGUGCCUCUGGCCUUCUGUGAGGUCAUCAUAAACAAUAUUUCAGCUUUUAUUUUCUUCCAGUUUUUGUUUAUAAUUUCAUACCCCAAACUAGAUAUGUGCAAAGGGAAAGGCAGGUUUAUCCUUACUGCCUUGUUUUUAAACUUGCGUGGAUGAAUACUGAAGAUAAAUAUGGACUUUAGAGGAAGUUUGUCCUUGCUUUUUAUGGAUGAGGAAAAGAGAGAAAUUUCAACAAAUAAUAAGCAAAAAAAUUGUUAACCCGUUUAAUAAAAAAUCCUGUAUGUUCCUAAUGGGUGAAGCUCUUUGUAUAGUAGUAAAAUGAUAUGCGUUUGAUUCAUCAUUAAACAUUUUGAAGUUUCAUUUCCUCAUGUGCGUGGUCACAGUUCAUUACUAAAGCGCAAUGACUCUGCACUGAUACUUUCUAACCUGGAAUGCGUACCAACAGAUUUAUUGUACUUGUUAAGUAUCAGCAAAAUGGUUACUUUUUGUGAUUAAAAGUAUUGGAACCAAAAAUGAUAUCCAAAAAGUGUGAAACAGUAUUUAGGUAGCAAGUCUUUUCUACUGUCUUGUGUUGUAUGUAUUUUAAAAAUUACUAAAACACUUAAGUUUUCCAUUUUUAACUUUCACCAAGAGGGGAAAAAUAAAGUUAAACACCACUGAUCAUGUGUUGUAUUUUAUGGUUACUCUUUCAGAGUCCAACCUAUGGCAUUUAAACUGUAUUCAUUGCUUUUGAACUAAGUAAGUUUUUAGAUCCUUAUAUCUCAAACUUCCUUAAAAACAUUCAUUUUUAUUAUAAUUAGGGAGGUGGUUUCAGACAAGAGUCAACUUCUAAAAAUUGCAAGUUAUGAGAAAUUUCUGGGACAGAAUCUGUAUGGAAUCAAGUAUUUACUAGUAAAGAUCUAUGGAAUCUUUUACCCAGCUGAAAAUUAGGCAUGUCAAGGUGACUGGAUGGAGUUAGCAUGAAGAUUCAGUUACAUGAACAUUCCACUGAGACUGACAGCCUGAAGCCCACACAAAGGUUAGUCUUAUUUUCUGUCUCUGGACAAGGAACACAGAUUAACAUUAAAACUAAAAUUGAAAUGUUGAAAGGAAAAUAAUUUUUUACUGCCAUUCCAAAUUAGUUGAAAUAUAAACAUCUUUAACAUUCAAGCACUGAAAUGCUGGCCAAAUACAUGUUUAAGUACUGAAUUUAGGAGUAAGUGAAAUAAAUUUUGACAUGCUCUUUCUCAUUUAAAAAUUGCUUUAUUUCUUCAGCACGUAGGUGCCAAAAGCAAAUAUCCAUGCACUACAUUUCUUAAUGUGAUAAUAAUUCAGAAUAGUAUUUUUUAAUUCAGUAUGAUUAAUAUAUAUUAUGAAUACAAUUCCAUUAAAAUGUUGCAAGAGGCCCACUGGUCCUUUUAACAUAAUCCGACUUCGGCCACGGGGCUGAAAUGUGCUAUGCUUGCCUUACAUUGUACAAUUUCUUAAUUUUAGAUAUUCAGAAACCGAUUGAAUUAAAAACAAACAUAAUAAAUAUUAACUUUGUUAAGUGAAUUUGUUAAUUGAUUUGCUAAAUCUAUUUAUAAAUCUCUUUACUUUGAGAUACUUGGGGCCUAUGAAAAGUAAGUCCUAAAUUUAUAAAUUCAGUCAAGCCUUUAAACUUUCAGAAUUAGAUGUCACAAAUAUAGUAAAAAG